GCAAAAAGGGUGAAUGCAUUGCAUUUUCUAUUUCGCUCAAUCAAGUGUAAAUCUGGAGGAAUAGGAUGAUGGAAUCAUCAAGUGGUGGAGGAUCUGAGAGCGGUGAAGAGAAAGCGAUAUUUGAAUACUUUGGGUGGGUUUAUCACAUCGGCAUUAAUUCUGUUGGUCGUGAGUACUGCCACCUCCGAUUUCUUUUGGUCAGGGGCAAGUCCGUUGCCAUGUACAAGCGUGAUCCUAACGAGAACCCUGACAUUAAACCACUUAGACAAGGAGUUAUAGGUGCCACACUAGUAGUGGAGGAUCUAGGAUGUCGAAAAUUCAACAAUGGGGAUCUCCAUGUAAUACGAUUCUACAGUCGAUUAAAUGAGUGCAGAAAAGGAGAAAUUGCGUGUGCCACAGCUGAGGAAGCCCAAAAAUGGAUAGAAGCAUUUGAUCAUGCCAGGCAACAGGCUGAGCGUGAACUAUCAACAGAAAGUAAUGCUAGAGAAAAACUAAUACAAGAAAUGGAGAUCAGCCUACGAGGAAAACAUAGAAUGAGACGGUAUGCCUCUGGGUUUAAGAAGCUUAUAAAAAUUGGCCAAGCCCCAGAGCUUGGACGUAUAUCAUCAAAGUUUUUUAGUAAUCCAGAUGGUUUUGAAGAGGACAAUGGAGAUGCAUUUGAAGCACACCAAUGGAAAUGUGUUCGUACAAUGUCUGGUAUUAGAAUCUUUGAGGAUAUUUCCGGUCACAAGAAUGGUAAGGGUGUCCUCGUUAAGUCAGUUGGUGUUAUUGAUGCAACUGCAGAUAGUGUUUUUGAAGUGUUUUUAAACAUUGAUCGACAGAAAAGAUAUGAGUGGGAUAUGUUGAUGAGUGACUUGGAGUUGGUAGAGUCUUAUGAGGGACAUUAUGAUGUUAUUUAUGGAACAUAUGACCCUAAGUAUCUAACCAGGUGGCAUUCAAAGCGAGACUUUGUAUUCUCUAGGCAAUGGUUUCAUGCACAAGAUGGAACAUACACUAUCUUGCAAUUUCCUUCCAUACAUAAGAAAAAGCCUCCAAGAUCAGGAUAUCGGCGUACAAAAAUUAAUCCAUCUACAUGGGAGAUCAGAAAUUUGAACACACCUAUGGGAUCAGAUAGACCAAGAUGUUUAGUGAAUCACACUUUAGAGAUACACUCUGCAUCCUGGUAUCGAUGGAAGAACACUCAGCAGUGCACAAAAUUUGAGAAGAGCAUCCCUUAUGCAUUGUUGUGCCAAGUGGCAGGUCUAAAGGAAUAUCUCGGAGCCAAUCCAUCACUCCUCCAACAAAAUGGCACUAGUGUUCAUUCUCAAAUCGCCAAUGCUUCAAUGUCCGGUUCUGAAUUUGCAGAUGCAGAAGUGCAAGAAGAGUUUUAUGAUGCAAUUGCCGCUGAGUCUUUGACGUCAGAUGAAGAAAGUGAUGAUGAGGAUGAGGAUGAUAAGGAACUAGAUCAGGAGCAAGGAGACAAACAAAAUAAUGUUUCAUGGACCAUCACAAGCUCAGCUUUGAAGAAAACUGCAGCUCCAAAUCUAAGCAAAGAAUUAGAUCCUGAUGCAAGUCCUGUCACAUUUGAGGUCAGCGACACGGAUGGCUCUUUGCGCAAAGGUGAGAAUGAGAAGGACACAAACUGUUGGAUUUCUCCUGGUGGUGACGGAUUUAUGAUUAGAGGAAAGAACUAUCUGAAAGAUAGUUCUAAGGUGGUUGGAGGAGAACCUCUUCUCAAGCUCAUAGCAGUUGAUUGGUUAAAAGUUGACAAAGCUGUGGACAGAAUUGCACUGCACCCUAGAAAUCUGGUUCAGACUGAAGCUGGAAAAAAUCUUCCAUUUGUCCUUGUAUUUAAUCUACAGGUUCCAGCUAAACCAAACUACAGCUUGGUUCUAUAUUAUGCAUCUGACAGACCUAUAAAUAAAGAUUCUCUAUUGGCUAAGUUUUUGGAUGGAGAUGACGCAUUUCGGGACUCAAGGUUCAAAUUAAUUCCAAGCAUAGUUGAGGGAUAUUGGAUGGUCAAGCGAGCUGUUGGAACAAAAGCUUGCCUACUUGGGAAAGCUGUAGCUUGUAAAUACUUUAAACAAGAUAAUUUUUUUGAGAUAGAUGUAGAUAUUGGAUCAUCUUCUGUAGCUAGGAGUGUCAUUGGCCUUGUUAUGGGAUAUGUCACAAGCCUAGUCGUUGACCUUGCAAUUUUGAUAGAGGCAAAAGAAGAAGCAGAGCUACCAGAGUACCUACUUGGAACUGUCCGAUUAAACCGUAUAAAAGUUGAAUCUGCUGUACAAUUGGAGGCUUGAGGUUUUCAACCAAAAGGGUUAAAUAGUGUGGUUCUCCUCUAUUAUUUGGCUCAAAUGUUUAUAGUUACACUGAGUCAGAGAGUACUCGAAUCAGAAAUGAUAAGUCUGGUGAAUUUUUGUAGGAGUAAUGGAGUAUGCAUCUCUUUUUGCUUUUCCUUUUCUCCACAGUGUCUCUUAUAUAUCCAAGUUUGGGCCCCUUGAUAAUUUACUACCCUCUUGUCUCAAUUGUGUUGUCUUUUUCUAUUUUCUAAAUUUUUGGUUCACCUCUUAUGAUACUUCCCACACUCUUCCAAUGUGAGAUUGAUUCGCGCUUGAGGACUGAGGUUGCCCCACCCUACAAAUAUUUUUUGCAGGGUUCAAUCACUUGACAUUGUAAUAGUCACUUAACUAUAUCCACAUCUAACUAUAUUCAUUACCCAUCCAAUGCAUAGAUUAUUUUA